AUGCAUGUAAUGCACCUCGAGAAUUUGUGCGGAAAGAGAGAUGAAGAGGGAAUAAAAUAUUUGGGCGAGUUUGAGCACGGGCAUCCCGCUAAGAGGAUACUAGCGCUCGCGAAUACGCUGCGUUUGGCCCCCGAUGCGCGACACGUGUCGAUGUCUGAGAUGAACGGUGGACGUAUGAUUUGCAUGUUUAACGAGUAG